AUGGUUAAAAUUGAAUCACGAGAAGAAGUGGUUAUAGUCGGACAGAUAAAGAUUAAAGCACGAGAAGAAGUGGUAGUAGGUGGCUCGAAAAAGAUUGAAUUACGAGAAGAAGUGGUAGUAGGUGAAUCAAAAGAGAUUGAAACGCGUGGAGGAGUGCUUUUAAAAAUUCCAUUAGUUAUUUGUUGCAUAGCAAAAGGCGUUUUACUCCCUGAUAUAGAUUGUCUCGAAGUUCAAUUUAAUACAGAUGGAUUACCUUUUUUUAAAAGUAGUAGAACAAGUUUAUGGCCCAUACUUGGUAUGCUUAAAAAAAAUGUUAUUAAAACAGUAUUUGCUAUCGGGGUUUUCUGUGGCCAAGAAAAACCAUCAAGUGCUGUAGAGUUUUUUGAGGAUUUUGUCAAGGAAACUUUGUCACUUCUUCAUAACGGAUUAUUAAUUAAUGGAAAACAUUUUACAUUAAACAUUCAUUCGUUUGUUUGUGAUACUCCUGCAAGGGCUUUUGUCAAAGGUAUCAAGUACCAUUCAGGUUACAAUUCUUGUGAAAAAUGUGUUCAGGUGGGUGAUUAUGUUGGUAAAGUGAUCUUCCCUCAACUAAAUGCUUGCUUGAGAACUGACAUUUCAUUUAAUGAAAUGUCUGAUGAAGACCAUCAUAAAAGUCCUUAUGCUUAA